AUGGCUGAGAACGGCAAAAUCACAAUAUCCAUUGACCGCGGCGGUACAUUCACCGACGUCCACGCCGUCGUCCCCGGCCGCCCCGAUAUCAUCCUCAAGCUGCUCUCCGUCGACCCCGCACACUACCAAGAUGCGCCAACAGAAGGUGUGCGUCAGAUCCUGGAGCAGGUCACGGGUAAGCCGCAUCCGAGGGGGAAACCACUAGAGCUGGGACCGAUUGAGAGUUUGCGUAUGGGAACAACGGUUGCCACGAAUGCGUUGCUUGAGCGGAAGGGCGCGCGGUCCGCGCUGAUCACCACGAAGGGGUUCCGCGAUCUGUUGAGGAUUGGAGACCAGUCGCGUCCGAAUAUCUUUGAUCUGACGAUGGCGAGGCCUGGUGUUCUGCCUGAGGCCGUUGUGGAGGUUGACGAGCGCAUUGUGCCUAUCCAUCCUGCGUCGGAUAAGGACUGCUUCACCGGUGCCCGGGUCGUCGAGGGCGUCACUGGCGAGAAGUUCCGAGUCGUCAAGGAGUUGGAUGUUGAGAAGGUCCGGCCUGAGCUUGAGAGGCUAAAGAAGGAAGGGUACCAGUCUUUGUCCGUUGCGCUGGUGCAUUCCUAUGUCUAUCCUGAGCACGAACGGCUCAUCGGGGAGAUGGCGGAGGAAAUGGGGUUCUCGGUUACUCUAUCCUCCAAGCUGCAGCCCAUGAUCAAGAUUGUGCCUCGUGGGAUGUCUGCUGCUGCAGAUGCAUAUUUGACGCCGGUGAUCAAGACGUACAUCGACUCCAUCUCGUCCAGCUUCGAGGGAGGCCUUGCUAACCAGCACACUUGUCGAUUCGAGUUCAUGCAGUCUGAUGGCGGUCUGGUUGACUUUCGCAAGUUUAGUGGCCUAAAGGCCAUCCUUUCUGGGCCUGCGGCGGGUGUGGUCGGCUUUGCAGCGACUAGCUGGGAUGCGAAGGAGAAGACCCCUGUGAUCGGGUUCGAUAUGGGAGGAACUUCAACGGAUGUUUCAAGGUUCGACGGCCACCUAGAACACGUUUUCGGUUCCAAACUGGCUGGAGUCCAGAUUCAGUCCCCGCAGCUUGAUAUCAACACUGUGGCUGCGGGAGGUGGUUCCAUUUUGAACUCGCGCAACGGUCUCUUCUAUGUCGGACCAGAGUCUGCUUCAGCUCACCCCGGCCCUGCUUGCUACCGUAAAGGUGGUCCACUGACAGUGACGGACGCCAACCUCUUCCUUGGCCGUUUGCUACCAGAGUUCUUCCCCCACAUUUUUGGAGAGAACGAAGAUCAGCCCCUUGAUCAGGAGAUCACCACGAAGAAAUUCAAUGAGCUGACCGAAACUGUCAACGCCGAGCGAAAGCGAAAGGGGGAAUCCGAGUAUACCCCAGAAGAAGUCGCGCUCGGCUUCUUGAAGGUGGCGGAUGAGUCGAUGGCCCGUCCGAUCAGGAACCUGACUGAAGCUCGAGGCUUCGAAACCGCGGGCCACCACCUCGCGUCAUUUGGUGGUGCGGGUGGUCAACAUGCCUGCCCAGUCGCAGCAUCACUCGGAAUUUCGCGAAUCAUUAUCCACAAGUUUUCUUCCGUGCUCUCAGCGUACGGUCUGGCGUUAGCCGAGGUGGUAAAGGAGUCCCAAGAGCCGCUCUCGACCCAAUACGAAUCGUCCAAGUCAAAGCUCAACGAGAAGCUAAAGGAAAUGACGGACGCCGCAGUCGAAGACAUGAAAGAGCAAGGAUUCUCCCCGGAUCAAGUGCGACAUGAACGGUAUCUGAACCUUCGCUACGACGGGUCCGACACCAGCUUGAUGAUUCUCGAGCCGGAGGAUGACUCUGACUUCCUGGACCAUUUCCGAGAGCGGCAUCGUCGGGAGUUCGGAUUCAACUCGGACAGACCAGUGCUGGUGGACGAUAUCCGUGUCCGUACGAUUGCUGCGUCCAAGGUCCGGGAUGAGAAGAGUCCACUGGUCCAGCUGCGGGAAGCUGAGAUGCGCGAUAUCUCUACUGAUCCAGACCUUAUUACCAAGACGUUCUUCGAUGGCCAGAAGGAGAGGCUUGAUACGCCGGUAUACAAACUUGAUAACAUCGAGAAGAACUCUCGUAUUCACGGGCCCGCUAUCAUCAUCGACAACACGCAGACGAUUGUCGUUGUUCCUGACGCCGUGGCCAGUGUCCUGGAGACAUGCAUUGUUAUCGAUCUGAAGGAAACGAAGUCGACUGAGGAGAAACCAUCCUCCGGAAUUGACACCAUCAAGCUCAGUAUCUUCGGCCACCGAUUCAUGUCAAUCGCUGAGCAAAUGGGUCGAACUCUGCAAAAGACAUCUGUCUCGACCAACAUUAAGGAACGGCUUGACUUUUCUUGCGCUCUCUUCUCGCCUGACGGUGGGUUGGUGGCUAAUGCGCCCCAUGUUCCGGUUCACCUUGGGUCGAUGCAGUUCGCCGUCCGGUACCAGCACAAGAAGUGGGAAGGUAAUUUGAAGGACGGCGAUGUGUUGGUUGCCAACCAUCCCAGCUGCGGUGGGACCCAUUUGCCGGAUAUUACUGUCAUUACACCCGUCUUCGACAAGCCCGGUGGCAGCGAGAUCAUGUUCUACGUAGCCAGCCGCGGCCACCACGCGGACAUCGGCGGUAUCCUUCCCGGAUCUAUGCCACCCAAGUCAACCGAACUCUGGCAGGAGGGCGCCGCCAUCGAAGGAGAGAAGAUCGUCAGCAACGGAAAGUUCGACGAAGAACGAAUUACUGAACUCCUUGUCAAGAAACCUGCACAGUAUCCUGGAUGCUCCGGUGCGCGAUGCCUCACCGACAACAUCUCCGACCUCAAAGCGCAAAUCGCCGCCAACACCCGCGGUAUCUCUCUUAUCCAAGCCCUCUUCGCCGAGUAUGGCGUCGAGACAGUCCAGAAGUACAUGUACGCGAUUCAAGAAACGGCCGAGACAGCGGUCCGCAACCUACUGAAGGACCUGCACCACCGCUUCGAAGGCAAGCCCCUAGAAGCAAUCGACUACAUGGACGACGGAACCCCCAUCAAGCUCAAGGUAACGAUCAACGGCGACGACGGAUCAGCCGUAUUCGACUUUGAAGGCACAGGCCCCCAAGUAUACGGCGCCUGGAACGCCCCAAUUGCAAUAACACACUCCGCAAUCAUAUACUGUCUCCGCUGCAUGAUCAACGCCGACAUGCCCCUGAACCAAGGCUGCCUGGCUCCCAUCGACAUCAAAGUCCCACCAUCCUGCCUGCUCUCACCAACCAAGAACGCCGCCGUCGUCGGCGGCAACGUCGUGACCUCGCAGCGCGUGACGGACGUCGUGUUCAAGGCCUUCCGCGCCUGCGCCGCCUCCCAGGGAGACUGCAACAACCUAACCUUCGGCACCAACGCCAAGAAGGACCCCGAGAGCGGCAAGGAGAUCCCCGGCUUCGGAUACUACGAGACUAUUGCGGGCGGGAGCGGCGCGGGACCAACAUGGGACGGCGAGUCCGGGAUUCAUGUGCAUAUGACCAAUACCCGGAUUACGGACCCUGAGAUCCUGGAGAAGCGCUAUCCGACUCUCCUGCGGCAGUUUACGCUCCGCUCGGGGUCGGGCGGGAAGGGACAGCAUCCUGGUGGUGAGGGGGUGAUUCGGGAGAUUGAGUUUCUGACACCGAUGGAUUGCUCGAUUUUGUCUGAACGGCGGGUGCAUCGGCCGUAUGGCUUGGAAGGGGGUGGGGAUGCGGAACCUGGUAUGAACCUUUGGGUCACGAAGGACAAGGACACCGGGGAGGAUCAUACGGUCAAUAUCGGUGGGAAGAACACGAUUCAUGUCGAGACGCAUGACCGCAUUGUUAUUAUUACGCCUGGUGGGGGUGGGUGGGGGAAGGAGGAGUAG